AUGUCCAAAACGUGGAACAGCUCCAUCAACAUCGACUCGAAGCGGGUUGACCCUCCAGAGCCUACUCAGCGCGACCAGCAGGGCCUUUUGCGCGUGGGGGAGCAACAAGCUUGUGGCUUGCGACUGGCGUCCCUGCGUUGUGUGGCGGUCGAGCGACACUUGGCAGACCCCACUUAA